CACUUCACUCUCGUGACAUCAUGGUGGCUUACUGGCGACAGGCCGGACUCAGCUACAUCCGAUACUCCCAGAUCUGUGCAAAAGCAGUGAGAGAUGCCCUGAAGACAGAAUUCAAAGCAAAUGCCGAGAAGACUGCUGGCAGCAGUGUGAAAAUUGUGAAAGUGAAAAAGGAAUGAUCUACCUGCAUGAAAUGCUACAUUUCCAAGGUGAAGAUAUGUGGGCAUGUGCCAUGGCAGAUUGAAAACAAUCUCACAUCAUGGAAAAAAAUACCUGUCUUGUUCAUAAAUUGACAAUGUCAAUAAAUUGAAGUAUGCUUCACUCUUAAAAAAAAAAAAAAAUACAA